AUGACCAACCAAAUAUUCACUCCAGCACCCCCUACAUUACAGGUUGUUUUGGUAUUGUGCUUGGCACUCAGAGCCACCUCUAGCAUAUCACCACAUCAAGACGACCCAAAGAAGCAUCAUGCCAAGCACCCUAUGAGUUUGCAGGCAGUAGGGAUGCACAAGCAUGACACCUCAAUGAACAGGAAACCUGCGCCUCGUAAAAAGGAUUCUUUCAAGACACCAUAUUCAGCAAAAGUGCAAUUAGCUCAGGAGAAUGCUCCUGCUGCUAUUGUGGCAAGACCAUUCUAUGAGGUUACUGCUACUAUUGCAGCAGCACCAGUUGAUGUUAUAGCAGCACUGUCCUGUGAGGUUGCUACUGCUGUGGCAACAUUGCUCGGUGUUGCUGCUACUAUUGUCACACCAGUUCUAACACAACAGCCACCAAAGCUAAUUCUGAAACCACUCCAUGAACCUGGCACACCUGUGCUAACACUGCCAGUGCCAACACUAAUCCUUCUAAGUCUCAAAUGCACCCCACCCUACUUGCACCCACCCUUUAAUAAAAAGGGUUUUGUGGUCAAAAACAUACUUGAUAGACUUUCAAAGCUCAAGUUUCAGUUCCCAAGGGUCAAGUGGAUGGUUGAAGAUAUGGUUGAGUCAUUUCCUAGCACAAUGAUGAUGUCUAUGAGCCACAAUCUUAAAGUCUUGUGCAGAGAGUUAACUAAGGCAACUACAAGAAAUAAUGAGCUUGAAGGAAAGCUGGUCAACAUGAUAGGACAGAUGACUGACUGGAAGAUAGAGAUGGAAACUUUCAAGGCAAAGGUGAAGAAGGGGAGGGAAUAG